AUGUCGAUGCUCGAUCAACUUCUUGAAAUGGGAUUCGAGCGUAAUCUUGCUGAAUCGGCACUGCAAGCAACAAAUGAGGUCGGUUUAAUAGAAGCAAUGGAUUGGCUUUAUGAACAACAAAAUAAAGCUGAAGUAAAAAUGGAAGAAAUUAAAGCAAAUGAUAUAGCAGCAAAAACGUUUGAUGGGGCAGCUAAUGAAGCAAAUAAUGAAAUUAGAGGAGCAAAUUCUUCUAGCACACCUCCCAAAGCAUUAUCGUUCAAAUGUGAUACAUGUGGUAAAGCGCUGGCAGAUGAUGCCGCAGUUAUGUUUCAUGCGGCAAAAACAAAACAUGAAGGUUAUAGCGAAUCAACUGAUUCUGUAAAACCUCUCUCGGAAGAAGAGAAGAAUGAAUUAUUGGCAAAAUUGCAUGAAAAAUUGAAAGAAGCCAGAAUUAAAAAAGAAGAAUUUGAAAGAAAAGAAGCCUUAGAGAAAGAGAAGAGGCGACGUUUGGAUGGCAGAAAUGCGCUGAAAAUGGAAGAAGAGCGACGCGAAAAAGAAAUGAGGAAAGCAAUUGAAGAUCGAAAACGGGAGAAAAGAGAAGAUGAGGCUGCACGCAAGCGAGUUCUUGAACAAAUUCGGUUGGAUAAAGAAAGUCGUAAAUUCGCAGAUCAAAUGAAAAAUUUAUCUUCUUCCUCUGCCGUUGAACGUAUUAGUAUUCCUAAAGUUGAUUCAGAAUUUUGCUGCUUACAAAUCCGACUUCCAGAUGGAUCUGUGAUGAAGGAAAAAUUUAAAUCAGUUGAAACAUUAGCUGCUGUAUAUACUUGGAUAGAAAUGAAUAGGACUGAUGAGCCUCAACAUCAUUAUCCAUUCUCACUUAUGACACCAUUUCCUCGCAAGGUUUAUGAUGGUGAAGAUCGAGAAGCGCCAUUGAAAUCUUUAGGCUUAUGUCCAUCUGCUAGUAUGGUUAUUGUGCGGAAAAACUAUUAA